CUUAGGUACAUGCAGGCAAUACACUCAUACACAUAAAAUAAUAAAACCCUUAAAGAGGAACUUUGGUGUCAGGAGUACAUACACAGAAAUAUGACUGCCACCCUGUCCACAUUCCUGGUUUUCUGGGGUUGGCCUGGUAGAGGGAGGAAGGGAAGUGGAGCCCUGAAAUGACUGCUUCAGUGGCUGUCCCCAUGGAAGCUGGGGCCUUUGCCCUGCCCCCUGUCAGUCUGGUUGUCUCACGCAGGCUCCCAUCUUGACUUGGCUGUAUGGUCCACUGCCCCUUCCCUGGGGACUUUUGGCUGCCGGUUCUUAAGGUCCAGGAUGCUGUUAGAGGGUGUCUGAGUCUGGUGGGCUCUUGGCUUCCUGGGUUUGGAACUGCAGGAGACAGCUGACAUUUUCUGUGAAGUCUGGUUGAAGUAGUCUUGUUCCUCAACGCGCUUGCUCUCUGGGGUUUCUUCUACCCAAGGGAAGAGUUCUCGUCACCUGUUUCCUGUGGCUGCCGUGACAGUUCAACGGUCGUUUUGACUACAUCCAUCAGUUCCUGUUCUCAUCUGAGCUGGUGGGGGAGGAGCAGUAAAGCGCUCCCCCCUCCAAAAAAAAGACCGAGGUACGCAACCGGAUACAUCACUGGCGACAGUCAGCUGGGACACUUCCUCUCGAACUGCCCCCUUUGCCAUUAUUGUUUGCUCUGGGUGAAGAAGGAUCAGGAGUUACCAGGGUGUGCCCCAACCCUGUGCAUACCCUUCUCCAACUCUGGGCGCAGCAGGGAAGCAGCGGGACCCCCCAAGUUGCCCAGCGGCCCGCCUCUCCUCCCGGGGCCGGCCACGCCUUCCAGGGGCUCCUCCCACACCGCGCCGCUGGCCAAGCCUCUGACCCUGUUCACCUGAUUCCCGCGAGAGACAUGGUGACGAGGCGGGGGUGCCACCGGGCUAGACCGAGGUCUUGGAGCCCAAGAGCAGGUGCUAUCAUUAGUUCCAUCCAGUGAGCAACUGCUGGGGCUGGACCAUCAUGGGUGAGGCCAGCAGAGAGGAAUAUAAAAUCCAGUCUUUUGAUGCAGAGACCCAGCAGCUACUGAAGACAGCACUUAAAGAUCCAGGUGCUGUGGACUUGGAGAAAGUGGCCAAUGUGAUUGUGGACCAUUCUCUGCAGGACUGUGUGUUCAGCAAGGAAGCAGGACGGAUGUGCUACGCCAUCAUCCAGGCAGAGAGUAAACAAGCAGGCCAGAGUGUCUUCCGUCGUGGACUCCUCAACCGGCUGCAGCAGGAGUACCAGACCCGGGAGCAGUUGCGAGCAUGCUCCCUGCAGAGCUGGGUCUGCUACGUUACCUUUAUCUGUAACAUCUUUGACUACCUGAGGGUGAACAACAUGCCCAUGAUGGCCCUAGUCAACCCUGUCUAUGACUGUCUCUUCCGGCUGGCCCAGCCUGACAGUCUGAGCAGGGAGGAGGAGGUGGACUGCCUGGUGCUGCAGCUGCACAGGGUUGGGGAGCAGCUGGACAAGAUGAAUGGGCAGCGCAUGGAUGAGCUCUUUGUCCUGAUCCGGGAUGGCUUCCUGCUCCCAUCGGGCCUCAGUUCCCUGGCCCAGUUGCUGCUGCUGGAAAUCAUCGAGUUCCGGGCAGCUGGCUGGAAGACCACCCCCGCUGCCCACAAGUAUUACUACAGUGAGGUUUCUGACUAGGUGCAGUGCCACAGAUGCUUAUGACAGCACAUACCUUCCUGCAGCCCCUCCUGGCACCAGAGUCUUUGCUUCUCCCAAAGUCCCUUCUAGACUUUCACAACUGCUCUGGCCCACCCUGUUUCUUCCUGUACUCAAAGAGUUCGGGAGAAACCAAACAGAUCUGGUGCCCUGGCUUGAAACUGUCCCACAUUAGCCUGUCCCCAAGUCCUGUCACCUUCUUUCUCCCACCACCUACCUGGGCCAGGCAGAGAAAGGUAACUCCUAACAACCACUGAACUGUGUAACCACUGGUGCAAUACUUCCUUGGUGCCUCAGUUUCCCCAUCUGUAAAAUGGGUAACCAUAGCCACUGGUGACUGGUGGGAUGCUUUGGAAUGUUGAAGGGCAGAAGCAGAGCACAAAUUUUAAGAGAAAUUUUGUUUUAGACAUUUUGUACAAAAGACCACUGUGGAGAUAAGCCUGUUUCUUCCAGUCAGGUUUAAUGUGUAGCAGUGCCUCCUCAGGCUAGGGUGAGGAUUUUCUAAUAAACCUUUUCUGAAACCAAAACUGCUUCCUUUCAUAGCAUCCAAAGGUGAACCCACAGGCUGAGGAAAGAGAAGAUGGGGCCUUGGUGUCUUGGAGAAAAUCUCUAAGCUAUGCUCCCUCUUUACAAGGGGGUAGAGCAGGGAAACCAAUUCUAAUCCCAAAGAAAGGGUGGAUGUAGCACACCUGCGACUGCACCUGAGAUAACUGACUGCAGGUGGCCCCGUCUUCAUUUCUGUGAAGGGCAGUAUCAUUCCUUCAAGUUGUACUUCGCUCAAUUUCUAGUUGGUAUGGAAAAUCUUGAAAGGGGUUCACUGGUGGGACCUAAGAUUGUAUUACACACGUGCCCCUCCAUCCUUAAAAGCAAAGUCAUCCUUUACUCACAGGUACUUUCCACUGGGGCAAUAGCUCAAGUGGUUUCUUGCAGCAAUGUCCUGGGCUUUCUACCUCUUCUUUCGGGCUACCACCAGCGGUAGUGGGCCAGUGCCCGGUUGGCCUCUGCCAUCUUGUGCAUGUUGUGCUUCCUCUUGAUCACG